AGAGGAACCCAUUCCCUCCCACCAGGCCGAUGUGCACGUGUCCGGGAAGUGACGACGUUGUUGUGAUUUGGCAGAACUCACAAUGGAAGACCUUUACGUCAAACCAGGUAAUCAGGAGCGCGGCUGGAAUGACCCUCCUCAGUUUUCAUACGGCUUGCAGACGGCCCAGGGAGGGCCUAAACGGAACCUUCUCAAUAAAAGAGUACCUCCGCCGCAGUUACAAGGGUCUCAGAGUCCUGUCCCUGGUGGGGCACCUCCCCCAAAAGUUCUCUCAACUCCACCCCUCAACCCAUUGGCCCCACCCCCAUGUGCAGUGGUCACACCCCCACUGCCAUGUCCGGCUCCCACACAACAUGCAGACUCUCCCUCUGCCCAAUCAGAGUGUGAGCCUAAUGUGGAUGACAUCAUCGGGGUCCUCGGCUGGGCACUGACUGCUUGUAGAGAGUCUGUAAAGAAGCAAGUCUGCGAUGAUGUUGAAAGGCGACUUAAGAUCUUUGAGGAGGUAUGGAGGGCAGGCAAACUGUCCCUCCCUGUCAAAAAGAGAAUGAGCUCGCUGGCUGAAGAGAUGAAAAGCAGAAACUGGGAGCGGGCGGAUGAGAUUCACCGAGCGCUGAUCGUGGACUACGUCAACGAGGUCAGCCAGUGGAUGGUGGGAGUCAAGCGGCUGAUCGCCGAGACCCGCAACCUGAGCGCAGACAAACUGGACCAGAUCCAGAGCCCGGUUCACAGCAGUGAAGCUUGCCCCGAAUAGCCCUUCCGGACCCCAUGAGCGAUUAGAUUCGUGUUGCGGCUCUGGAUCAAAGUGGACCACACAAACAUUUCUGUCCUCCGUGUGCAUGUUGAAAAGCCAGCGUUUGGCUCUGCUGGUCUGGACUUCAGGAAGUUCCAAGGAAAUGUGUAAGCUGCUUUGGUGAUUAUAGCCCUUGGGUAGGAUUAUAAUUUGUUCUAAGUUGCAUCAUGUACUGUAUUCCAUUUGCGUUAAUGAGUUUUUGUCCAACUCCCAAUUUUAUUAUGAACUUUUAAUGUUGCGUUCUGAAUGGAGUGCUAGCAGUUUUAGCGGGUGGAUGAUCAGUCAACUUUGAAGGUGGCAGCCAACCUGGAAGCCAGUGUCAUGUGACUCUCGGGUGGUCAAGCAGCGUUGGUUUCAUGUGGAGUUUGGGCAGUGAUUAGUUUAACCUUUCAUAUCAUUGAUAAAUCACAGUGGUUUCAUUCACGCACAGGAUAAGUUUGGGGUUUUAAGUUUGAGGUGUUGUUUACAGAACUCUCAACCUUUGAUUGAAUUACUUUCUGGUUUUGCAUAAAAAAGUGGUUUACAGAUUUUAUGUUUUUAUGGUGUAUACAUUAGACAUCAAUAUUCAAUUAUGUUGCAUUACUGAAAAAAAACUUAUUUUGUCCGGACAAAAACAAAAAAGCGUAAAACAAAAUUCAGUUAUCAGGAUGUAAUUGCAAGAAUUAGACAGAUACUUCCGCCCAAAGUAAAUGCACUGUAAUUGAAUAUAGAAUAAGAGGUCAUUUGAAUUCAUUCUGUAUUGAACAUUGAUGAUGUCACACAGGCAUGGGCCUCAGGGUUUUGAGAGUCUGUACAUACAGCUUCCUGCAGUAGGCGGGGUUCUCUCUGACUUGCUGCUUACGGUUAAUGUUGACUCAUUGCAGGGACAAUGUAAAGGACCAUUUACUGUUUUUUUUAAUGGAAACAGAUUUAAGGAAUGAAUUUCCUUGAACAGCAGUAUAAUGUAAAUAUCAAGAUAAAUCUUACCAUUAAUAAACAAUCUAUGUGGCAUGGC